AAUAAAUCCUGAAAAGGAUAGUCAAAUAUCAAGAUAAUAAUAAUCGUUAUUUUUUUUUGUGGUAGGACGAGAAUCAAUUUUUUGCACGUCCUGAAAUUCAAAAUAAUUCUGUUUAUGAAACGUUGAUGAAAACGUCUGAUGGUAAAAGUGUUUUUAAAUUUUACAUUCGUAAUGGGUCUCUUGAUAAAAAUACAAGGAAUCUAAUGGUUCGACUUAUCAUUGAUAAUGAAAAAAAUCGUCAGUUUGAUCCAAUUUAUCAACAAGGACAACCAAGGCGUCUAAAAUCAUUUAGUAUUUCAAAAGAACAAUUCAAUACGUGGUCAGAUGAAGCAGUUAUUCUUUUCCCUGGCACAUCAAAGACAGCAUUAUAUACUCCAUAUCGCUCUCAUAGAGUACAAGAAUCAAUGCCAGAUGGACAAAUAGUUAAACGAGUCCAAAAAAUAAAAGCUAGUGGAUCUUUCGUUAAUCAUCUUUCAUAUACUCAAGGACAAUUAAAAGAGAAGCAUUUAACAACAGAUCCUUGGCAGCACAUUGAAGCUCCUGUUGUGAGAGAUGCUAAUGAAGAAGAACAAACAGCUGUAGACUGGUUGUCUCAUCAUUUGGAUCCAGAUGAUCAAGUGAAAAUAAAGUGGGAUCAAUCUUUUGGAAUUAGACAGCAAAAACUGAAAAGUGGUAAUUAUCAAUUGCACGAGUAUUACAAAGAUUUUCCUUGCUUGGAAGUAGCAAUUGGUGCAGAAUUACUGUCAUCAGAUUUUAACAAAAUUUACCCUGAUGCUGCUGAUAAAUUAUUUGAUAGAUGGGAAAUCGUACGUCCUGUUUUAAUAAAUUAUUUAAAUAGUUGUAAAGAUAUUACUCAAGCUGACAGCGGUCUGGUACACGCAUUGCCAACACUACCCCAUCACAACCAAGACGCUAUAAUUUUUUACUUACUACCAUAUAUCAUUCAAGCACCAUCAUUGAGACUUAAAAAAGGUGAAAAAAACAAUAAACUUUCUAUAGUUGAACGACGAGCUUUUUUUAUGAUUCACGUAGAAACUGCUGCAGAUAUUCAGCCAGCUAUUAAUCGUCAAAGAAACAUACUUUCAAAUCAUAAUUUAACUUUUCAACCCAUCCCAGUGUUAGUAGGGCCAAUAAAUGAUAUUCAAUCGGUUUAUGUAUAUGUUAACGAGACAGUUAAUUCAAGUAUUUACGUCGUCAAUUCUGUUCUUCAUGCAAUUGAUUUAACAUUCAAGUUAUUUUUCUCGUUGCAAUGCAAAUUUCCGGAAAAAGCUGAUCAUUUAUGGAAUUUUAUUCAAAAGGGGCUUUAUGAAAUAAUUUUACCAAUAGGAAGUAAAUGUAGUAGACAAACAUUAGAGUUGCUUGGCCAAGUUGAACAUGCAAUAACACUUUCAAAUGAAAACCAUCAACCCAAUUAAUACUAUAACUAGACUGAUACGUAAUUUAUUAUUAUUAUUUUUUUUUGAGUAUUGUGUUAACUGUUAAAUUUAUUUGUUUGUUAUUUGAUUUCCUUGGAAAUCUUAAGAAUAAUUUAAUCUCAAGUUUAAAGUAAAUGAUAAAUAAUUUUUUUUUAAUUAUAGUCGUGAAACAUAAUUUAUUUUAUUUUUUUUUGAUGAAAAAUUUUUUUCGACAUGAAAAGCAUUAACAAACGUAUUUGUUAUACAAUUUUUUUCAAAAUAUAAUUUCGGAGAAAACUAUAUUUGUUAUCAAGAAAUAUUAGUUUUAAAUUCAAUUAGUAUUUAGGUGAUAUUAGUAUUAUUAUCAUUCGUAUCGUAGUUAUUAAAAUUGUUAUCAUUAUGUACACUUGUACAUUGUGUAACGAGUCAUUAAGUGAGUCGAAAACAUUUCUUACUCAUUUAAAGAAUUGUCAUUCAAAUAAAAAUACAUUCCCAUGUGGGUUUGAGCUGUGUAACAGAGUAUUUAACUCAUUUAAUACAAUAAAAUCUCAUAUUUAUAGGACACACAAAAAGCGUAAUAUUAGCACAGUUCAACAGAUAAAUAAAAAAUUAAAAAUUGAUGAUAUUGAUGCUGUAGUAGCUGAUAGUAUGACAGCUGAUAAUAGGAACAAUACUCUGGAUAUUAUUGAUGCACCAUGUCAUAUUGAAAGCCAUGAACAAAUACCAACAACAAAUAAUAAUGAAUCAUUAAUUUUAGCAGCGAGAUUAUAUAGUUAUGUAGAUAUGCCGAGAAAUAAAACAAGUGAAAUAAUUAAUUUCACAUCUGAUUAUGCCCAAACGUCUUUGCAAAAAAUAAAAAAAAAUAUUAUUGAUAAAUUAAGUAUUGACAGUGAAAAGUCAGCUAUUUCUAAAAUAUUUGAAAAUUGUACUAAUGAAUUUAAUGAGUUUAAAACAGAGCAUAAGGCUUUUAAACGUUUUAAAGAGCUGGGGACUUAUAUACCACCAGUUUCAUAUUUAAUAGGUAAUAGACAAGAAUACUAUCAAAAACAAAGUAAUCAAAUUUUAAAAAUGAUUCAAGUUACAGUUGAAUUUAUUCCUCUCAGAGAUGUUUUUAAAAAAUUUUUCGAGCUACCACACGUAUAUAAUGAUAUGAUUAAUUACAUUCAAGUUUUAAAAGAUAGCCCGACAAUUAAUAGUAAUUUUAUACAAGGUAAUUUAUGGCAAAAAAUAGUUUCUCAUGAUGAAAAUAAACUUAUACUUCCCCUUUUUUUUUAUUACGAUGAUUACGAAAAUGAUAACCCUUUAGGUAGUCAUCGUGGUGUAUCUAAGUGUGGGGCUAUUUACGUAUCAUUACCAUGUUUGCCUCCACGAUACCAAGCAAAACUUGAAAACAUAUUUUUAUUUGUACUUUUUAAUACUGUUGACCGGAAAUAUUUUGAAAAUGAAAUUAUUUUUUCGAGGAUAAAAGAUGAACUUGAAUUUCUUGGAAGCACAGGUAUUACAAUUAAUCACACGUCUGGACCUAUCACUAUAUUUUUUAAAUUAUCAUUAAUUCUUGGAGAUAAUUUAGGCAUGCAUUAUAUGCUUGGUUUUACCGAAAGUUUUAGUCAACAUAAAUUUUGUCGUUUUUGUCAGAUUAAUAAAAAACAAAUAAAUUCAGUUUUUUCAGAAAAAAAAUGUAUUUUAAGAACAAAAAAUAGUUAUGAAUUAGAUAUUAAAAAAAAAAAACCUAAGUUAACAGGGAUUCAAAAAAAAAGUAUUUUAUUCGGGGUUCAUGGUUUCCAUCCAAUAACAAAUGCCUCCGUUGAUUAUGCACACGAUUUGUUAGAAGGUGUAUGUCGAUAUGACAUGGCAUUAAUUUUAAAUCAUUAUAUCAUUGUAGAAAAAUUAUUUACACUAGAUGAACUUAAUAGUCGAAUUAAAGGCUUCUAUUACGGACUUAUAAAAAAUAAACCAUCCGAAAUAUUGUUAAAACAAAUAACAAAAAAAAAAUCAAUUAUUAUGUCUGCUUCAGAAAUGUUGACUUUGAUUCGACAUUUUAGUUUAAUUAUUGGCCAUUAUAUAAACAAAAAUGAUAAACUUUGGGAAAUAUUUUUACUGUUAAAAGAUAUAAUUGAUAUUUGUACAAGCUAUUAUCUUGAUUGUGACACACAUUUAACAUUAAGUGAAAUAAUAACCGACUAUUUAACGCUUCGUAAUAAUUUUUUUCCUAAUAGUAUGAAACCAAAACAUCACUUCUUAUUGCAUUAUCCCAGAGUAUUGUUUCUAACUGGAUCUUUAUCUAGAAUAUCUACGAUUAGAUUUGAGGCAAAACAUCGUGAUGGUAAAAGAACCUCAGCUGUCGCUAUCAGUAGGUUAAAUGUAUGUAAGACGAUUGCAAUAAAGCAUCAACUUCAAUUAAACUAUAGAUUUUUAAUGAAUGAAUCUUGUAAAAUGUUAAUUUAUAAUAAAAAUUUAGUUAGGACAUUUCUCAUUGAUGAAAUUAGUAGUUGCUUGAAAAUUCAAGAAUAUUUGUAUCCAUUAAGUGAUCCAAUCACUAAAUUGAUAUCAAAAGUUAAAGAGUUAACUUGGGAUGGUAUGCUAAUAAAAGACCAAUGUGUUGUUGUGACUGCAUCAGAAGAAGGACCAGUAUUCUUUGAAGUCAAUCAUAUUAUUCUUGGAGAGAAUAAUAAUUUUAUAUUAAUCGUUAAAUUGUUACCCGAUGUUUUUUAUGAUUUACAUACCCAAGCGUAUAAAUUAUUAACUUAUCGUUAUCAAUGGAAAAUUCUAACGCAAAAUGAUUUAUAUAGUUGUAAUAUUAGCUACAUUGUACGUGCAUUUGGAGGGCAUAGAUUUAUAAUGAAAAACUGGUGGUAAAAACGUAAUUUAAAUAGAAGUAAGUUAAAAUAAGAUUCUA